CCCAACCUGACCUAGUAGUGUUUAAACCCCAACGUGGCCUAGCCCCACAGUGAUCUACUUUACCGUAUAAUUCUUCCCCGUUUUUCAAAGACCCGAGAGCUAGAAUGGAACAUUUUCCCGAAUUGAAAGACAUCGUGGAUUCCUUCGAUAAAACGAGGAAUUGGGAGAAUUAGCCGAGAUUACUGGAUUCCUAGACGAUCACUACGUGAAACAAAAACUCCUGGAAUUGAAAUGGAGAUAAAUAGAAAUGGACUGGUUUUACCACCACUACCAAAACGUCAAAGAAUUGACCAGUAUGCCGGCCAGCAACUACCCAGGCCUUACCACUUAGAAAAAGUCAGAGAAAAAUAGUUCAAAACAAAGACGGCCGUUGACAUCAAAUAUCAGGUUCAUUUAGACAAGGAUUUUUUGAACAAUAAAAAACUAAAAGAUAUACACGACAACAUCCAUGACAUGUUUAAACAUGUAUUAGAUGAAGCUAAAGAUGGAGCAGCAGACAACGAUGUGGGGCGUGUCCUCAUCCAUCAUCCGAGUUUGGACAAUGCUAUCGUGGUUCCAUUACAUUCAUUAGAAGAGUUUGAUGCCGAACUGGUCAUGGAACAUGUCGAAAAGGUGCUGCAGAGUCACGAUGAGCUCACCGUGACGGAAGGGUUCGAUAUUGGCAUUAUCAACGUCCCCAAAGAGAGUGGUUGGAGAUGGAUUACGGACAUAUCCGGCGGAGAUGAUUCCAUCAAAAAGAAGACGUCUCUUGUCCAAAUCGUCAACGAGGACAGCAUGUGUAUGGCACGAUCCGUAGCCGUGUUGGGCCCGCGCAAAUAAGAUGUCUGAUGAAGAAUGGAAAGAAUUGACCCAAAACGAACCACAAGCAACCAUGACACAACAGAUACUCCGCCAUGGGAAAGUUCCAGAUUGGUAUUAUCGAAUGUAUUUCGAUACUUUGAAUAAAAAUAGAAUUCAUACCAUGUGUUGUUAUUUUGUAUUGACUACAUCGCCACAACAUAAACACCCUGCACAACAUGGGUCCACACUGGCUCCAAACAGCUCCACACUAGCUCCACACUGGCUCC